UCAUCCCGUGGUGGCGAUGCCGAUGCAGCUGUUUCGCCAAUAGCACCGUUAUCACGUGGGAUAUGACAUACUUCUUUAAAAGAUUGGUUUUAUGAAAGAAAAUACACAGCGCUGUGUUUUGUAUAACUAAGAGAGAGAGAGAGAGUCAGCCCAGGACGCUGUAUAGGACAUACUAAGGCAGCAGAGGAGACCGGUACAAGGACAUAUCGUGUAACACCAGUACCAUACUAAUCAAAAACAACUACCAUCAACAGUCACAGCAGAGAUGGAGAUGACUACAGCGUUUCUCCUCUCCACACUCUGUACAUUCCUGAUGUCCUGUGUUGGACAAGAUACCUCAAUGGCGCUUCCGGAGUUUGUGACUCACCCCCAGGAAUAUUCGUAUAUCGUGAAGCACCAGCCCGUCACCCUCGCAUGCGAGGCCUACGAUGCCAUGGAAAUUACCUUUAACUGCCUGGGAAUGAAAAUGGAUACCGAGCGUAUGAAGACGUAUGAAAGCUUUGAGCCUGAAUCGGGCCGGAUUUUAAUAAAGGCUACGUUCGACGUAACCGAGAAUGACGUCAGAGGCAUGGAGGAUUACUGGUGCGAGUGCCAGGCCUGGAAUGGUCUGGUUGAAGGGGGAGAGGCAGCACAGCAGUUCACCGUCAGCCGGAGAGGCUUUGUCAUGUCUCCUUAUUUAGGAAAAUAUUUUGUUGAAGAACCCCUAAGUCAGUCUGUGGAAGAGGAUUCUUCUGUUGAGUUGAUCUGCAUUCCCCCUGAAGGUCACCCAGAACCGAAGAUCAUAUGGAAAAAGAAUGGCCAUCGCCUUCACCCUGACAAGGAUGACAACUUGCUCAUCACAGAGUCAAGGUCACUAGUCAUACAGAACUUCCAGAUGACAGACGAAGGCGAUUAUUCUUGUGUAGCUAAGAAUCUGGCUGGCAAAGUUGAAAGCAAUGUUGCUUCACUUACUCUUCAAGACUACAUUGUGGCAGGGGAGACAAAUCUGCUGAUGGCUGAUGAGGCAGAUGAAGAGAUAGCUUCCUUCCUCCAGGUCCCAGAAGCUGAGUACUACACAACGAAGGACACACCAGCAGCCGUUACUUGUUCUGUCAAAGGAGCAGAGUUUCUGGAGUUCAGGUGUAAUGGUGCCCGGAUUGAUGAGAAGCUGAUAGAAAAGGAUGUGACCAACCCUCGGGGAGGCCCUGAGAGGCUCAUCACGUCCAUCUACAAGGUCCCAGCAGAUGCUGUCACCAAGGGAACAGACUACUCCUGCCUGUGUUAUGCCUGGUUCAUGACCGAUGCUGGCUGGUCCGGCAAAGAAACAACUCCUGGAAAUGUAAUGUUGGGAGAACUUGAUGAACGUUUUGGCUCCGAGCUCCAGGACAUGACGGUGGCGCCAGGUUCAACUGUUACAUUCCGCUGUCAGGCGCCCAGAGGAGUCCCAGCACCAAGGAUUAUCUGGACACUAAACAACCAACAGCUUGGUGCCAGCGCUUCUGUAGAGAUUACUGACAAUUCUCUUAUGAUUAAACAAGUGUCCUCCCGAUACGAGGGGCAGAUAAGCUGUGUAGCGCAAAAUGUUGCCGGCACCCGGAGAACAACCGCUACCUUGAAAUUGUCAGAGGAUGCUGAGAUGGUUGACAGCAGUAAAGAAACUACCGACUUCCCCACGACCCUGAUGACAACCCCUCCAUCUGGUACCGCCUACUUCAACCAGGACCUGGAAGAAGUGUACUACGCAGCAAGGCGACGCCCAGCAGAGCUCUCCUGCACCUUCAUCGGUGCCAAUCUCCUCACCGUCCGCUGCAACGGCAACCGCCUAGCUGCAGACCGAGUUACCACUAAGGAGGAUGUGAUCAAUGGCGAAAAAAGCAUCACAGGCACUGUCCAGGUCCGACUGCAAGAAGUCCGCGGAGCUUCUGCAGAAUUCUCUUGUAUGUGUAUGGGAUGGGUUGCAAAGGAUGGUGCGUGGUCAACCAUUGAAGGCCAGAGAUCAGUAAUCAAAGAAGCAUUCUUAGACAAAGCCUUCCUGGUUGAACCACAGAACGUCGAAGUGAUGGUGGGACGCACAGCCGUGUUUGACUGUGUACCCCCUCAAGGAGGGCCUGACCCCCAGGUGUACUGGACAAAAGAUGGCCAGAGGGUGGACACAUCCAAUGAGAAUUAUGAGCUUGUUGCCGACGGCAGCCUGACAAUCUUCACUGUUCAGAGAGAGGACAUCGGUGCCUACACCUGCGUCGCUGAAAACACUGCAUCGGCCACUGCAUCAUCAGCAGCUCUACUGUCUGUGAUAGGAGAUUCUACUGAUGUCAUGGAGCCAGAGACAACCAUCACACCUCAACCAGAAACAACCCAAGAAAUGAUGGAAGAGACAACCACAGAAGUAGAUCUCAGCUCACCGAUCCCAAUCUUUAUCCGAAAACCAGAACCAGUCUACUACAUUGUCCGUGAACGCCCCGCCAGCAUCACCUGCCGCACCCUUGGUGCUGAAUACCUCAUCUUUGAGUGCAACGGAGCCAGACUCCCAGAAAAGUUUAACGAAACCUACUCUGCUAUUGAUCCUGAAACCAGAAAAAAGAUUCUUGAGAGAACAGUCAACUUCGAUCGCAAGACAGUGGACGCAGUAGACAACUACACAUGCCAAUGUAGUGCUUGGUACGCCGACGCCGUCAAGCAAGGCUGGUCUAUGCUAAAUAUGCCUACAAGAGUUGAGAUUGCUUACCUGAAGAAGCGUUUCCAGAAAGAUCCCCCGAAGUCACAGAAAGUAGAUGCUGGUUCCACCGUUCAGCUUGCCUGCAUGCCCCCCGUGGGCAACCCAACCCCCACAGUAAGCUGGCUCUUCGAUGGUGAUGCUGUUGAUGCUGAGGAUGAAAACAUCAUAGUGUCCAGUGAAGGAAGUUUGAUCAUCAGUGAAGCUCAAAUGACAAAUGACGGCAACUAUACUUGUGUUGCUGAAAAUGUUUACGGAAAAAGAUAUUCAAAGUCUGGGGUCAUUCGAGUCAUGGGAGAUGAACCUACACCAGAGCCAACUGAUGGUACUGAUGUUGGAGUGUUCAUAUCAUCGGAAGUUCCAACCUUUACACAGGAGCUGAAUGAGACCAUCUUCGUUGUGGAUGAAAAGGCAACACUUACCUGCGCAGCUAUGCAAACUGGGAAGAUUACCUUCUUGUGCAAUAACGAAGAAGUAGCAGAAGAACGUAUAACAUACAGAAAUGAGAAAUCAGAUGAUGGGGAAAUGGUUUUAGUAGCAUCAAUGGACGUUAUGGCAGACAGUAUCAUUGACAUAUCGGAGGAAUAUGCUUGUGAAUGCCUGGCUUGGUACAAACUAAGUGAUAACGAACCAGAGCAGUCUGUAAACAGUCGCCGUGGACGUGUGGAAAUUGCAUACCUCCAGGACGACUUUGUGUUAGAGCCCUCAAGCAAGACAGUAAAAAUGGAUACAAUGGUCACCUUGCAAUGUGUGUCACCCGAUGGCUUUCCCCGACCAGUGAUAUCAUGGUUUUUUAAUGGAAAGCUGUUGGAUUUCAAUGCCAAUGACAACCUCCUGUACUCCCGUGAACAAUCAAUUGUCAUUUUGCAAGUAGGGGAAAAGGAUGCCGGAUCAUAUUCAUGUGAGGCCUCAAAUAUUGCCGGGACGCGAAGAAGUGGCGAAGCGACUUUGACCGUUGUUGGAGACAGCACAACAAGCAUGCCCGAACCUGAACCCGAGACAACUGCAGAAAUAUUUGAGGGAAAUGUUACUACGGAAGACGCGACAUAUGUCACGUCGGACAUUAUGCCAUCUGCGGAAUAUACGACCGAGAGUAUGCAAGAAGGAAAUAUGGUAGAAAAUGAUACCAUGUAUCAUGGAAUAGGAACCGAAUCAGGUCAUAACACUGAUGAUGGCACACCCGAGCCAGAGCCAGAAGGAAACGGCAACAAUCAAGGAAUAAUGUUCCCGCAUCCUGAGUGUAGCAAACUGCAGGCCUGCUAUCAGUCAUUCCUUCCAACCUUUACUCCCAAUAAUUUCAAAACUCAUAAAUCUUGCGACCAACUGCAACAGUUUUUCACAUGUGCACAUGAUGCCUUGAUGAUGUGCGGCGUCAACAGUGACCAACAACAGGCAACGCUGGCUGACAUGACAGGCUGGUUUGACGAGUAUUGUACAAGAUUGCCCCGUGAUGACAAGGUCUCCAUGAAGUGUGGGUCCUAUGGCACCUGCCGCCCUCCGAUCACAGUGCAAACCCAGCCGAAGGAUCUCAUUGACGUCCCCAUGUUGUGCAACUAUAUCCAUAAAACAACAGAAUGCAGACAGCUUGCGCUGGCAGAUUCCGAGUGCAUGGUGAUGAAGAAGAACAAGAUGAAGAAUGAUCUCCACUAUCUCGAGACACAGGCACAAAAAUACUGUCCCACAGGCACAUCUAAAGACAAUGAAGCAGAAGUGACUCAGGCUCCUGUGACUGGCAUCAAUGUUGGUAAAGUUGAGAAGGAAGAACCAAAUGGUGCCGCCAGUAUGACAACAGCCUCAGUCCUAGUGUCAACCAUUAUCCAAGUCCUUGCUAUCUUAGUAAUAAGCUUUAGGUAGAACUCCUACAAAUUCUAGCCCAUAUUUCAAUUUAACAUCAGUUUGUUCAUGUGGUCACAGCUAUUUGAAAUCUAUGUGUUGUAAGAAUUCUUUCUACUGUACAGCAUCUUAUGUUCAUCAAAAUUUUUAGCAGUAGUCCUUUGGAGAGUACUUGUGGUUAUCUCCCUUUUGUAGAUUGUCGCCAUUUUGGAUUUUCUCUAUUUUUGCAAAAAUAUCAUUUUGUUGAGUUAUAGUGAAUUAAUACAAGAUGAAUUAAUUCAUCAUUCUAUCUAGAAAGACCAUAAGACCACUUAGAUUAUAGCUUGUACCACAAAUGGCUGUUGUGUUGAUAUGACUCCAGCAACAAGAGUCAUAAAUGAUAUUACAAAGAGUCAUACUGACUAUGUGCCUAAAAUGUAGGUAUGAUCAUUGAUGCUGUAACCCUGAUAACCGACAACUACUUCGUCACUCUGAGUUGUCCCGUUACUAGUAUUCAAUAUGUGUAUUCAUUCAUACUGAGUAGGUAAAUAUCUGAAAAAUUCUUUUUAAUUAAAAGUUAUAAAUUUAAACUAAUUGUAAUGAACUAUUCAAAUUAUUAUGUAAUAUUUCUUUUAUAAUUCUCUUGUACAAUAUUCCAAACACAUACAUUUUAAAAUUAUUGAUAUCAAGGUAUCUCUGUGGUAAUAUUAUCAGACACAGAAGUAAGAAUAUAUUAAGAUAAUAUGGCUAUGUAAAUCUAUAGAUUUGUCAUCCAAAAGUGCCAUAACUUAUUAUAACAUGGAUUAACUUAUGCUUGAAUUCUUUGUGCCAAAAUAGUGUCACAAUCAGAACACAAUCUCUGACUGCUUGACUUGAUGAUAUUGACAUUAAAGGUUUUGUGUAUACAGAUGCUCCCAGUUAUACGAAACUUCCCCAACAAAGUGUGCCAUAUUUGUCAAUAAAUGUGUUUGUGCUGAUAGAUGACAUUUAGACACUGUGUGCCAGAGCAAACUUCAUAUGGCAGCCGAAAAAAGGGAGAUACCUGUUGGGGAGGUUGGGUCUUCUAGUUAUCAUCAAUGGUAGAUUUUGUAGUUACCAUAGCAACAGGAUAACUCCAGUCUCUUCAAUGUGCAUGGUGCCUUUUGAUCCGAAGUAACGUGCCAUCAUAUGUGAUCUUUGAACAGGAAACUUAAUUCUAAAACUCAAUAAAUAUUUUGUUGAUGUAACAUUUUCAAAAUAUGGUUUGGGCAUGUUUUUCAUAUUGUUCAUUGUUCUUAUAUGAUGAAUUGAUUAAGCAGGCACUUUCGACUAUUUUUCAAGAAGUAAAUAUUUGUAACUGAGUCUAAAUUGGAUGCAAGGUGUCAUUUUUAAACAGGAUGCGCUCCUUACCAUUGAAUUUCAUAAUUUAUUUAUUAAAAUGACCACCUUUUGUUAAAACACACAUUAAACAGAAUUAAAUAUUUUUUAGAAACCGAAAUCUGUUCUUAGGUUUGGAAUCAGUGGAUACGACCACAAAUGUCCAUUUUAGGGAGUAUUUGCAAAUUUGUGCCUGUUUAAUUGACCUGUGUUGCAACGAUCUCAAAGCUGUGUGGUAUAUGGUUGUGUUUGUGAGGUGUAUAGUUUCCGUAUAUCCCCUAAAUAUUAAUCAACAGAUUUUCCUAUCCUCUCAGUAAAUCAGUUAGAUACCAUUGUACAUAUUUACUCAUCAUGUGUACACUCUUAAAAGUUUGGUUUUUGAAAUUCUUAAUUUUGUCUGAGAGUCUUGUUGUUAUUUCAAUAACAUUCACUUUCUGGUGCAGAGAAACUGUAAAUACUUUCAUUUUGUUGUACAUUGGUUUAAGAAUAUAAUUUUGAAACUAUUUUUUUUCCAAGAAGGCAGUUUCUUGAUGUUUGGAAAGACAAAGGCUUGCACAAAAUGAAUAACUGUUCAUGAAGGUACAUUUCAGUAUGCGUUUGAUAUAUUUCAUGAUUUUUGUAGAUUUUGUAUCACAAUCUUGUACAUCUUGUAAAAUAGGAGACAAAAGAAACUUGGUCCUUGAAAAUUAGUUCAUUGAUUUUUGUGUAUUACGAUCAGAAAUGAAACAGUCUCUGUUUUAAUAUUCUGCUUAAAUGGUUUUGUUGUUAUUUAUUCUCCAUGCACAUUCAAGAGACUGAUCAUAUUUAAUUUUUUGUACCACCAAGAUAACUAAUUUUAUUACUAUUAUGUUAUAUUAUUAUUCAUACACUCAUUGUUUCUUGCAAAAGGAUGUAGCAUUUAUGUUUGUAUAUUUCAUUCGUGUCCAUGUUGGUGGCUGCCAACAUCGUAGAUUUUUUCAAAGAUUCAUAAAAUGGAUUGAGAUCAUGAAAUGUUUGUGCCCCAGAUUUCACAUAAGAAUCAGUGCCUAGGAAGCUAGUAUCUGUGAUUAGCCAAUCAGAAUCGUUUGUGCCAGAGAGGAUAGAGAAAUUACUAUACUUCUUUAUACUAAAACUGUUUGAGAUCCUACUGUCUUCCAUUUAGGUGUUUUUAUAAUAAAAUUUUGUGUACAAAGUG